AUGCCGCAACGGUGGGACGCUCCAGCCCUCUCUUCUGUGGUGCUGCCGAGGGAUUGGCGAAAGCACUGCAGAAGGAGAGCAGGCACUCGGAGGCCUUUGAGGCACUACGCGAAGCUUUCGAGGUUCAUGCUCGAUGCGACUCUGUGCAUACAACGCCGCUCUUCGAGUGCUUGGAGAUGGCCAUGGACAUACAAGAGCAGUCCCCCGGGGUGGACUUGUCCAGCUUGCGGUCGCCAAUUGAAGAUGCGAUGCAAAACCUUCAAAGCCGCGGCCAGGACCGAGAUGGCAAUGCAGGGCUUGUGA